GAAAAAAUGGUAUCUAACAGGAACAUCAUUCAUAAUAGAUACAUUUUCCAUUGCAAAAAUCAAGACGAAGAAUCAUUUGACAUAUACUUUGCAGAAAUCUCAAAAUUGGUACAACAGUGUGAGUACAGAGAUAAGGAAAUGACAGAGGAAAUGCUAAGAGAUAAAAUAGUUUUUGGUGUAAAAAAUAUAAAAGUCAAAAAAGAGUUAUUGAGGAGAGAAAACCUGACAUUACAUGAGGCAGUAAAUAUCUGCAAAGCUUCAGAAGCAACAGAAAAACAAUUGAAGACAUUUUCAAAUGGUGAAUCAUUAGUUAGGAAAAUUAAAGACAAAGAAGAGUCAAAUUCAGAGAAGAAAAAGAAGAAGAAGAAAUGUAAGUUUUGUGGCAAUAUACAUGAAUUUAUAAAAGGAGCUUGCCCGGCAUGGGGCAAAUUAUGUUCAAUCUGCAAUGGCAGAAACCAUACAGAGAAAGUUUGCAAAAAGAAAAUCAAAGAAAUAAAAAAGAGUCCCCAGCAGGCACCAACGCAGCCAUCUUCUUCAUCUGAUGCUGACUCUGACUGUGAAGAUAACAUUAUUAUUAAUAAAAUCACCAAUGAUCAACAGAAAAAUCUGGCAGAGUGUUCUUUGAAGUUCAAAUCUGAUGUCACUUCCAGGUGGAUAGAUAUUACAUGCUUGUUAGAUACUGCAGCCGAUGAGUGCCUUAUAGGUUAUAAAAACUUAAAAAAAAUGUUUAGUGAAAGUUUUAUAAACAAAAAUCUUAAGCCGUCCAGGAAAUGCCUGUAUAGCUUUGGUGGCCAUAAUAUUUUCAUCCAUGGCCAAAUAGACAUAUGGUUGAAGGUUACUCGGGGCUCUAAAUCAAGUAGGUAUAAAGUUACUUUUCAGGUAGUACACACACCUCAUAUUCCAUUGUUGUCCUGCAAAGCUUGUGUGGAUAUGGGUUUGGUUAAAUUCUGUAAAGAAGUAAAGCAAAAUCACACUGAGACAGAUACAAUUCUUAUGAAAUAUGAAUCUGUAUUUGAGGGACAAGGAUGUUUUGAAGGAGAAAUAGACUUGGAGGUAGAUGCCAAUGUCAAACCUGUAAUUCAAAAACCUCGUCGCAUACCUGUCAGUCUCCGAAAGCCCCUGCAAAAAGAAUUAGCAAGAUUAGUAGAGGAAGGCAUAAUAGAGAAAGAAGACAUGCACACAGAUUGGAAAAUGGAAAACAACACAAAUAUUUAAUAACUGUGGAUCAUUAUUCAGAUUUUUUCGAAAUUGAUCGUAUGAAGGACAUGUCUGCUAAAACAGUUAUUGACAUAUGCAAAAGGAACUUUGCUCGCCAUGGAGUGCCUGAAAUAGUAAUAACAGAUGGAGGGACAAAUUUCGUCUGUCAAGAAUUCGAAGAUUUUGCACACAAAUGGGGAUUCUCUCAUAACACUUCUUCUCCUCAUCAUCCGCAAGGUAAUGGCAAAGCAGAGGCGACCGUAAAGAUUGCAAAGAAGCUACUGACCAAAACUACAGAAAAUAAAGAAGACUUUUGGUACGGCUUGCUAUGCUUGCGAAACACUCCUAAUAAACUCAAGACAAGUCCUGUACAAAGGCUUUUUUCUCGAAGAACAAGAGGGAAUAUCCCUAUGAUACCGGAACUGCUACAUCCAAAAAUCGUACCAAAUGUAGCCCGUGACAUUACCUUAAAUAGAGAAAGAACUAAAUCUACAUACGAUAAAAGGUCCAAGAAGGCUGUUUCCCUAAGAGUUGGCCAACCAGUUGCGGUGCAAAUUAAUCCUUCAAUGAAAGAAUGGUCCUUUGGAGUUGUUGAGGAUAUUAUC